AUGGCCGUCCAUUUGAUCGAGCACAUUUUCGGGUGCGUAGCUAUACUUAUAGUUACCUUGCUAGACUUCGAGGAGUUCACCCUGGCACCGCCGAUAAAUGGUACAUGCUCAAAUCGACUUACAGACUCCUUGGUGAUCACCGGUGCGACUAAUUUUAAUGAUGUAGGACUUCCCGGGGACGUCUAUCUGGAUGUCGACCCCAAUAAAAGUGAUCAAGCAACUAAUUUAAGGGUCACUAUAAAUAACCAGGUCAAAUUAAGUCGUAAAUGGAGAAUCAGGGUGCGACAAAUAGAAAAUUAUUCACCGUUACAAGCCCCGUCAGGUGCACUACAGUACUACACCGGCCUAACCGCUACGCACCCGAAAAUGUGCUCGAUCAAAUGGACGGCCAUUAACAUGGACUACGGA